ACCGGAAGCAGUUAACUUGAAUCUGACCGCUUUUAUUUUUUAGCCGCAGUAGCAUCUGUCCUGUCCAUUCAAACGUUAGCCUGAGUUUUGUUUGCUUUACCUUCGAUAAAUAAAUUAAUUUGCCAUUCAACAGCCUAUCAGCCAUCUUCGGGAGUCUGGAAUUAUUCGAUCUAAUUCAUUAAAAUGUCGAGGAGACGACAUAGCGACGAAAAUGAAGGUGCACAGCCUCAUAAGAGGAGGCGAACCUCCGAGCCCAUCGAGAUCGAAGACCGUCUGGAGUCGCUCAUCUGCAGAGUGGGAGAGAAGAGCACCUCGUCCCUGGAGAGCAAUCUGGAAGGACUGGCCGGGGUGCUGGAGGCGGACCUCCCCAACUAUAAGAGCAAGAUCCUGCGCAUCCUCUGUGCCGUGGCUCGUCUGCUCCCUGAGAAGCUGACUGUCUACAGCACUCUGGUUGGACUACUGAAUGCGCGGAACUACAACUUUGGAGGAGAGUUUGUGGAGGCCAUGAUCCGCCAGCUCAAAGAGACUCUUAAGGCCAACCUGUACGACGAGGCUGCCUACCUGGUGCGGUUCUUGGCUGACCUGGUGAAUUGUCAUGUCAUUGCUGCUCCCUCCAUGGUGGCCAUGUUUGAAAACUUUGUGAGUGUCACUCAAGAAGAGGACAUACCCCAGGUGCGCAGUGACUGGUUUGUGUAUGUGGUGCUGUCAUGUUUACCCUGGGUGGGGAAGGAGCUGUAUGAAAAGAAAGACGUGGAGAUGGACCGCCUGCUCAACCAAAUCGAGGCCUAUCUCAAGAAGAGGCAGAAGAUUCAUGUGCCCAUGCUGCAGGUGUGGGGUGCAGACAAACCACAUCCACAGGAAGAGUACCUGGAGUGUCUCUGCGCUCAGGUCCAGAAGCUGAAGAAGGACCGGUGGCAGGAGCGGCACAUCAUGCGUCCGUACGUGGCCUUCGACAGCGUGCUGUGUGAGGCCCUGCAGCACAACCUGCCCCCCUUCACCCCACCCGCUCACACCCCCGACGCCAGCUACCCCAUGCCCCGCGUCGUCUUUCGCAUGUUCGACUACACUGACGCCCCCGAGGGUCCUGUGAUGCCUGGCAGUCAUUCGGUGGAGCGCUUUGUGAUUGAGGAGAAUCUGCACUGUAUCAUCAAGUCUCACUGGAGGGAGAGGAAGACCUGCGCUGCCCAGCUACUCAGCUACCCAGGCAAGAACAAGAUCCCACUGAACUACCACAUAGUUGAGGUGAUCUUCGGAGAGCUGUUCCAGCUGCCGGCCCCCCCACACAUAGAGGUGAUGUACACAGCUCUGCUCAUCGAGCUCUGCAAGCUGCAGCCUGGAUCACUCCCUCAAGUCCUGGCCCAAGCCACAGAGAUGCUCUACAUGAGACUGGACACCAUGCACACCACCUGCAUCGACCGGUUGAUCAACUGGUUCGCACACCAUCUGAGUAACUUCCAGUUCCGUUGGAGUUGGGAUGAUUGGGCGGAUUGCUUGACUGUGGACAUUGAGAAGCCCAAACCCAAGUUUGUGAAAGAGGUGCUUGAGAAGUGCAUGAGGCUGUCGUACCACCAGCGGAUCGUGGACAUCGUCCCCCCCAGUUUCUCUGCUCUAAUUCCAGCUGAUCCUCUUUUCCAGUACAAAUAUGGAGAGGACACCAGCAGUUCGUUGCCCGGAUACGCUGUAUCGAUCUCUGUUGGCAACGCCAUCAAGAAUAGGGCAACCAAUGAGGAAAUCAUCGCCGUCCUGAGAGAUGUGCCUAACCCCAACCAGGAGGAUGACGACGAUGAGGGCGAGAGCUUCAACCCCCUGAAGAUUGAGGUGUUCCUGCAGACGCUUCUCCACCUCGCAGCCAAGUCCUUCAGCCACUCCUUCAGUGCACUCGCCAAGUUCCAUGAAGUUCUGAAGGCUAUUUCGGAUUGUGAUGAGGGGAAACUUCACAUUCUCAAAGUGGUCUACCAGGUGUGGAAGAACCACCCACAGAUGAUAGCGGUGCUGGUGGAUAAGAUGGUGCGUACUCAGAUUGUGGACUGCGCUGCCGUCGCCAACUGGGUCUUCUCUCAGGACAUGGCACAUGACUUCACACGGUUCUACAUGUGGGAAAUCCUCCAUUCGACUCUGAGGAAGAUGAAUAAGCAUGUGCAGAAGGUCCAGAAGGAGCUGGAGGAGGCCAAAGACAAGCUGGAGAAACAACAACACAAAAAGAAGGACAGUGGGGACGAGGAGGAGAUGGAUCGUUUGAGUGGGGACGAGGACAUGCAGCUGGAGGAGCAGAUUGAGCGUUUGCAGGAGAAGGUGGAAGCGGCCCAGAGCGAGCAGAAGAACCUCUUCCUGGUCAUCUUCCAGAGGUUUAUAAUGAUGUUGACUGAGCACCUGGUUCGCUGUGAAACUGGCGGAAUUGACUUCAACACCAGCUGGUAUAAGAUCUGCAUCGAGAGACUGCAGCAGGUCUUCCUCAUGCAUCACGGCACCAUUCAGCAGUACAUGGGGACCUUGGAGCACCUUCUGUUCACUGCUGAACUGGACCCCCACAUCUUACACGUCUACCAGCAGUUCUGCGCUCUCCAACUCUGAAACCUAACACACACGUACUCUCCAGGAGGGCCAGGGGGGAGUUGGACUUUGUUCGAGAUAAAAUGUGUCAGUGGAGGAGCUGGCCGUUUGUAUGACAGUGUUUGUAGCCUCAGUGUGUGUGUGUGUGUGAGCGAGCGAGAAUGUCACAGAGGAACAGUUUGUGUGUGUGUGUGAGUGAGGGAGAGCAUGUGUCUUUUUAGCUACAGUAUAACUACACUGGUUGAGAAUGUUCCAGUGUCAAUCAGUUGUUUUUGUUUUGUUUUUUUCUUCUUUUGCUUGUUUUUAUUGUUUUUAUUUUUCAGUUGCUGGUAGUUUUGUGACCCAUAGAUGUGUUCCAACAGGAGGGUGAGUGGGGUGAAAGGUCAUGUGUGUGUUCGCCCAGGUGGAAUCUGUGUGAGCCUCAAGACCCUACUGAAAUACACGUCUUCCUCUUUUUAAA